AUGACUUCUACAGACGAAAAAAAGGAAAAGAAAAAAGCUCCUGACUCUGUUGAUGAACCUGACAGUGAAAAAGAGAAAAUUCCCCAAAAGGUAGUUGUGGUCAAUGUACAAUUGAAUGGUCGAAAACGCUCGACUAAGGCUGUGGAUAAUUUAUCAAGCGAAAUUUCAAAGGARAAACCAAAUAGUGCACAGCCAAAGAAACGSAAUACAGGAGGCAGUACMGUAUUAUUUCAGAGCGARCCAAACGCUGUUGCGAGGAGAAAUGAGCGCGAAAGAAAUCGUGUCCGACUUGUAAACGAUGGWUUUUCUUCACUAAGACAACACAUUCCAUAUUUUCCGGACAAGAAGAAAUUGUCGAAAGUUGAAACAUUGCGGUGCGCAGUCUCUUACAUAAAACAUUUGCAAAGACUUAUUGAGGAACAUGAUGAGAAAAUUGGUUUGUACGGCGAAGAAGAAAACGGUCAGAAUGAAUCGAAUUAUGCUAAAUGGGUUACCACGGCGCUUUGA